UUGUCUUCGUGCUGCAUUAAAUUAAAUAUGAAAUUAUUGUUGUAGGCAACCGCAAAAAGAAAGCGUAGUAGCAAGCAAGAGUAUCAGUAGCAUUGAGCAAUGCGGCAACAUUUUUUUCUGUUCGUUACAGUUCGUUGUGCUGCACGCUGUCAGCCACAUUCUGUGUCGCAUUUAUCGUUUCUUUCAUUGUGGCAUUUGUGAUGUUGAGCCAGCAGUCCAGUAUGGGCAGCACUAGUACGGUGUACAGUAAACCUGGAAACGGUGCACCCGACAGAGGCUCGCCCGGGCAGAAGCCUAGCACUAGGCAUGCAUCAUCGACGCAGACUCCGAAAAGAGAAACGACCAAUGCGAUCCCGACUCCGACCACCAGCUCUGCAUCUUUGACACUCAGUCCUCCAACUGCCAUACCAGCUGCUCUAUCGACUAGCGGUCUGAGCAUCCCGACGACGUUGAAACCAACAUAUUCGACUGAGACGCCAAGCAUCUUACCAGCUACUACCGCCGUUACAAAUCCUGUGAUAACAAAUGUGCCGAACACUACUAGUUCCAGUACACCCACAACUAGUUCCAGUACAUCCACCACUACUACCAGUACAUCCACCACCAGUACCACUACAUCCACCACCAGUACCACUACAUCCACCACCAGUACCACUACAUCGACCACCAGUACCACUACAUCGACCACCAGUACCACUACAUCCACCACCAGUACCACUACAUCCACCACCAGUACCACUACAUCCACCACCAGUACUACUACAUCGACCACCAGUACUACUACAUCGACCACCAGUACCACUACAUCGACCACCAGUACCACUACAUCGACCACCAGUACCACUACAUCCAGCACCAGUACCACUACAUCCAGCACCAGUACCACUACAUCCUCCACUAGUACCACUACAUCCUCCACUAGUACCACUACAUCCACCUCCAGUACAACUACGUCUACCACUAGUACCACUACAUCCACCUCCAGUACAACUACGUCUACCACCAGUUCCAGCACGUCCUCCACUAGUACGACUACAUCAUCCACCACUACAAGUACGUCCACCACCAGUACAAGUACGUCCACCAGUAGUACUAGUACAUCGACCACUAGUUCACCAAUUGGCACAGCAUCCACUCCGGCGUCGCCCCAUACAGCAGAACGGCUGUUGGUGUGCGUCACAAGCGAUGUCAACGGAAUGCCAGAUAAUCUCUGCGAUGUCCUGUUGCUCGAAUGCCGUGACAGGUUUCCGUUCAAAAGGAGGCAAAGUGAAGUCGAAAAAUUCGCCACCGCUAGUGCAGUAACUUUCCGUGGCACGAAAUGCGGUAUUGACAUGCCUAUACUGGUACCUAGCAAGUCACUUCAAGACUUACAGACGACGAAUGGAAGGGAUAAUCUGGCGUGGUUCGGGAGAAACAAUUUGCCCCAUUUUGCGCAGCUCAACAUCAAACUUUUCACUUCUAACAACGACGCACAAAUAGACGACAUCAUUAGUUUCUUCAAGGGUUUGCGCGACCAACAAACCCAGAUGCAGACGAGAGGUUUACAUAUUAUCGGUGUGAUACCUGCCGUCUACGACGCAGCGGAUACCAUCAAUGACGAAAUGAGAUCGCAGCUGCUACGGUAUGCUAGGGAACUAUCUCCAGAUGCGCUACUCGUCCGAACAUCUCAGAGAGAAGAAAUCGUAGGUGUUCCAAGCUGUCGGCUUAACGCACCAUCACUGUGGACACACCUAGCCAAUGUCAUCGGUCAGCCAUCGUUCGUCCAGUCGUUGGAGCUCAUCAAGACCGUCCAGCUUCCCUCCGACCUGCCAAUAUUGCUUUCCUUCACCUGCGCCCGCUACAUGAUCACCUACAGGGGUAUACCCAGGGGCUUGGCCAAUGACAAUAUGGAUCUGGUCAGCAAUCAGCAAUGCCAGAAAUGCCAAAUCAAUACACUGAACCUUUGGUUUAACUGGGACUGCACGCGAAAAUUCGGACUUGAGAAGCGCAGCAUGACUAAUUAUGUUGCUAAAAAAUUUCUGUCCCGAACUGAAAUCUACAUGUUCGACACCAACGUCACGUACAGGAUGAAGAUAUGCAACGCCCAAAAGCUAUACAACUUUAGAGGUGGCUACGUCUUGUUCCUCGUCAACCAUCUGGACUCAGGAAACACAUGCAAGGACACCAACUUCACGCGGGGCUAUGCGGACAUACACUACAUCAGGGCAUAUAUGAACACUGCCUUUACCAAUUGCUAGAUGCAGCAAGCAGCUGCGUCCUGUUCGAAGAUUAUUCUCUUUAUUUUCUCAUACAAUUCUAAUCGGUAUCUUGGCUGUAUCGUGCGCAUUGAUGCAUGUUCAUUGUUUUGACACAUUUGUUUUGGCCACUUGGAUAGUGGCAUACCUAUGGAAAACAAACUUUUCACUUUUUCUUAGCUUCUAUUCUAGUAGAGUACUAAUAUCAUAGGACCAUCCGUCAUGCAGAUAUAAAUACCUUGCAAAUAAAUAUAUAAAUAUAUAACAUUGUCUCGAUGAGGCAAUGUCAAAACUC